AGACGCAUGGCAGUUAAGUGUACAGAAGUUGUAAUCCCUGACGACUGAAUAAGGUUUGUUGAACACUCAACAGGGAUUUAAUGAAAUGAAUUCCUCUAAGAUGACGGGGGAGGUAGUAAGACUACCCUCCAUCUCUUCCUUCUCCCAAAGUCUCACAGGUGUACCACUUUCAAGUUCUGCCAAAACAAGGAGUUCCAGUACCAUACCAAGUAAGAUGGCGGUCAUAUCUGAAGAAUCGGAAACAACCCGAACCCCUCGGGCUUUACUGAAUGAGGACAGCCAAUUUGAAUGGUGCGGACUUUGUUUUGAUGAUUACAGCGAUCCAAAAAUGUUGCCAUGUUACCAUUCCUACUGCAGCCGAUGUCUGAACGAAUACAUCGACCAAACAAAAGAUGCCGGUAGCUUCGCUUGUCCUCUUUGUAAGAUAAGACACGCAGUACCCAUGGACGGAGCGCAAGGGUUUAAGCCAAACAUCUACAUAAAUGCCUUACAGGCUACAAAAAAUAUCAAAAACACAAUAUGCGAAACAUGCGACGAUGGCAAAACAUUAGCGGAAACGUAUUGCUUGGAAUGUGAGCAGAAUUUUUGUACCCGGUGUGGAACAAUUCACCUGAAGAUGAAAAUGUCCAAGUCUCAUCAUUUAGUCUCAGAAAAGCCAGGCGAACACGGCCAAAAGAUGACGUCACGUUCUUAUUGCGGAGAACAUAAACAAGAAAUCGACAUUUUUUGCUUCAAAUGUAGAAUGCCAAUUUGUGAGAACUGCCGUGAUCAAGCACAUGAACAACACAAUACGCAAAACAUUAAGGAGUUUGCCAAUGAGGUGAAGAGGGAAUUGACUGAAUCAGUGGAUUUCUUGCAGAGUUACCUACCGUCACUAAAGGAAAGACUUAGAGAUGUCGAAAAUCAUGAUGAAGCCGUUUUAAGCAUAAAAAGACAUUUGAUCGACCAAAUUGACGCACGUUCUGAAAAGUUACAUCGGGAAAUCGAGGACCUGAGAGAGAAAUUUAUAACCAAGAUAAAUUCAGAAAUUCAAAUAGAAGAGGACAGAUUGGUUAUUUUCAAAAAUCGAGUUACCGAAGCGAUAACGUUUGUUUCUUCCCAAGUAGCGGCAGCAAAACAUUGCAUAGAUUUCGGUUCGAACCAAGACAUUGCUGUUGGCAAGGAAACUUUGCAAUUCCAUCUACAAGAAGCGUCUAAAAUGUUACCAGUUGGUUUCAUUCCACGUUUCGAUAUAAACUUUUUAGAACCGCAAUCAGCGGAAACAAUAACAGAGGAUUUGUUCGGGAAAAUUUCGAAACUUGGAUCUACAACGGUAACCGUGACGGAAAUCGGCCACUAUAAGGUUCCAGGAAUGCAUCUGAUUCGCGGUAUUGCACCGGUAUCUGAUGGUAGAGCCUGGGUGAUAUGUGGAUUUGAUCCUCGUCUUCAUCUUCUUAACCGACUAGGUUCUCGACUACGUACAAUUAAACUUGGAAACGACAUCGAUGUCGACUACGUCACUUCCGACGAAAACGAUAACGUGUACAUUUCUUGUCGUAAGAACCGAUGUAUCAAACUUUUGAAUAAAGAUACAAGGAUUCGAGACAUGGUGGUUUUGAACGAUUUUCCUAGAGGCAUUGCUUUAUCACAAUCCGGAGACCUUCUUAUCUGUCUUGCAAAAUCCAGCACAUAUGACAAAUAUCGUCCAAUGGACAAAAACGUUGUUGUGAAAUACUCUAAACUUGGAAGCAAGGUCGUUGCGGAAUUUGAGCGGGCAAACAUUCAAAUUAAGUACCCAAGAAGAAUUGCUGAAAAUCUCAACGGAGAUAUUUAUGUUUCUGACCACAAAGAAGGAUGCGUUCACAUUCUCACUCAUGACGGAAAGGUCAAACACAGAUACACUGGGAGUGAGUCUACCAAACUCGGCGAACCGUGCGGAAUCACGUGUGAUCGCUAUGGACACGUGAUCAUCGCAGACUAUAAAAGUAACUGUAUUCACCUCCUGGACCAGCAAGGACAGUUUGUGAGUCUCCUGACGAGGUCGGACAGCGUUAUGAAGCAGCCGUUCUCGGUGGCCGUGGACGCUGACGGCUAUCUCUGGGUGGGAGGAAGCAAUGGAGUCGUCAAAAUAUUCCGAUAUCUUUUAUAAUGUAUGGAAUCUUUUCUUGGGACACAAGUUACACUUUUAGGGACAGAAAAAAUCAAACUAAGAAAUAAAUGUUACUGUCAUGUGAAACCGCGGGGGUUUUUUUGUAUUGUCCAAAAACAAAAUGCUACAAUUGGAAAAAAAGAAUUAUGUCUAUUUUUGAAGCAACUUAAUUAAUUAAUUGAGGCUACUCAGAAAAUUUCGUCUUCGGUUACAAAGAGUCCAAGAUUUAUUUGGAAUGACUGGUUGAUUUAUUAAAAUAAAUUUUAAUAUCCUCUGAAUUUUUUCUCCACUCAGUUAUAUGUAUUUAUAAAGGUCAAUGAACAGAUGAACAA